GUGAGCAUAGAUCAAGCGGACCCAUCGAUGACGCAAAGAGGGGUUUACGGCCUGGGAGGUUUCCUGGCUCUCUCUCGGGAGCUCAUGGUUCUGUGGAGUCCUCCGCUUUUCACGAGGCUUUGGUGUGUCUUCGAGUUGGCAGCUUUCCGGAAAGCGAACCCGAACGGAAAGAUCGUGCUGGCUCCGCUUUAUGUUGAGGUGCUUGUUGGGAUCAUCUUGCUCUGGCUGCUGUUCAUGCAGAUUUUACACUUCUUGCUCUACACCUUCGUCCCUGCCUCGCAGAUCUUUGUGUUCUUGGGACUGCUUCCCAUACUUCUCUGCAUCCACCAGGCCCGGAAGACCUUCGGCCAGAAGCGCCAGCUUUUGGCGAAUCUCCGAAAAUUUGAUCUGAGCCUGGCCUCUUGCAGCAACGACUUCGACCGAAGAUUCAUCUACGCCGGGAUCCGUGCAUGGUACGGCAGCUACGAGGCCUUCACGGAGUACGUGAGAGGACCUGUUUUCCAAGAGCUCGUGUCUCCACUCUUGAGCUUCCAGGUGCCGCUGAGAUAUUGGAUCCUCAUCGGUCUCUUUGAGAUGAGUUCACUUCUGGAGUUCACUGUUGCCUUCAUCCGAGGUGGAGCACCGAUAGAGUUGGUUCUCUCUCAGCUCUUGGCGUCCGUCCUGAGCCAGAUUCUUUGGCGCCUCCUGGCGAUGCAGCUUGUGUUCUUCCUCUGUGAUCGUUGCAGCUUUUCCGGCUUCGGCUGCAUUGACCUCCUGGUCUCUUUCGGGAUCUGGCUCCUGGUCGUGGCGUUCUUGUUUGGAUCCUUUCAGCUAACAGGUUUUGCGGAAGCAAAUGGCUUGGCACUAUCAGCUGCGAGCGCUUUACUGGCCUCAGUGGCGAGCUUCUUGUCCUUUGGUGGAUACACCUGCUUGAUGCG